UCAUUUGUUUGGCAACAACAACAACACACUGCUUUGUGUAACCAACGCAGUUCAGCUAAUAUCGAUUUUUUUUUCUCCCCGACGAAGACAAACACGGAGGUUUUUAACUGAACUCAGUGUGAACAGCAGCCCUUUUCUGUCUGAUACAAGGCUUAGGAUGGAGGUCCGUGUCCGCUGCGGUCCACUAAUCCUGCUGAGUCUGGUCUCCGUGCUGGGCUUGGUGCUGGGGCUGGGUGAAGACCUGGACCGGCCUCUGUUCGGGCCUCCCGGCUCUCCUAUCCGGCUGCACGAGGCAGACCCGGGAUUAAGGAAGGCUCUGCUUUUCGUUGAGGAGCGAUACAACCGUGGCUCUAACGCCGUACACCUCCGCAAAGUCAGCCGGUUUGUCUCUGCUACUAAACAGCUUGUUAAGGGAAUUCGUUACACUUUAACAGUGGAACUGAGCAACACCCAGUGCAAGAAAUCCACCCUGCUCAGGACAUGUGACUUUUAUCCCGAGCCUCAUAAACUCAAGACUGAGGUGUGUGUGUUUGAAGUGUGGGACAUCCCCUGGCAGAACACUACCACCCUCAUCAAACAGAAGUGCCACCCUAAAGCUGAUCCUGACGUUGAAGAGACCAACAAAGUGGAGUCCUCAGCUGAUGUUGAGCCUCUGGAGAAGUCAGUGGAGCUGCUGGGACAAUUCAAAGAGUUUAUGGUCAAAUACGGUAAAGUCUACAAAAGUCAGGAAGAGGCCAACCGUCGUUUACACAUCUUCCACGAGAACCUGAAGAUGGCAGAGAAGCUUCAGGAUUUGGAUCAGGGUUCAGCGGAGUACGGUGUCACCAAGUUCAGUGACCUGACCGAGGAGGAGUUUCGCUCCAUGUACCUAAACCCACUCCUGAGUCAGUGGACUCUCCAUCGACCAAUGAAACCAGCUCCUCCUGCCAAAGGCCCCGCCCCCGACCGCUGGGAUUGGCGGGAUCACGGAGCUGUCAGUUCAGUGAAAAACCAG